GCUGCGCACGAGUCGAGUCGAGAUCAAGUUGCAGUGACGUCGCUCUGGGAUUAUCCAAUCAGAUCGAGGACUGCAAACUAACGCAGUUCACGGAACUGUAGUUUUCUUUUUUACUACGCAUCCUCCGGUCGGUCACCAUUUUGGGAGUCAAAACAGCCAGCAGGCAGCAGCGGCCACCUCCACGCCUCACCGUGGCCUUACUAUGGUUCACACAUGUGUGGUGGCAGGUUGUAAGAACCGACGGACACCAGGGACCAGACUGUCGUUCUACCGCUUCCCACGGGACCCAGAGAGGAAGCAGCGCUGGGUGGCUGCGGUGAACCGAGCGGGCUGGGUACCGAACGACGGCAGCCGGUUGUGUAGUACCCACUUCAUCUCAGGUAAACAAGUCAAGAAUCCACAUUCGCCCGAUUAUGUUCCUUCUGUGUUCACACCAGUUCCCUUCUUCCCAGACAUGAAGGAGCCAGGUGCCUUGGAGAUCCUGGACAAGCAGGAGGCGCGGGUCGAAGCCGCCAAUGCCCUGUUGUUCCUCCAGGGCCAGGGCAGCUCCGCGGUGGACGGGCCGAGCCAAGGCGGGCGUCACGAAAAGGAGGCGCCGGAGGCUGCUGUGGAAAAAACCGGGUCUUCUUCCUUCAGCACUGACGAAGACGAGGAGCACGACGAAGCCUCCGAGAGAGACAGGAAGAAAGGAAAGUUUGCCCAGAUGUCCGAAAUAUCUGUAAACUUCGACGACAUCUUGAAAGCGCUGAAGAAGGAGAACCGGGCGCUCAGGGAGUCUGUGGAGAAAAUGGCUUUGUCUGAGAACGCUUUCAGGAACGACGCGGAAAAGGUCAAGUUCUACACCGGUUUGCCCAACUACUUCGUCUUAGAGACCGUAAUGUGGCUGCUGGCGCCGCACAUGGACGGGAUGAAAAACACGAAGCUGUCAAAGUUCCAGCAGCUCCUGCUGACCCUCAUGCGCCUGCGGCUGGACCUCCGCAAUCAAGACCUGGGCUACCGCUUCGGGGUGAAAGUCGGCACCGUGGCCAAAACGGUGCACCGCAUGGUCAACAUCAUGUCCUCUACUCUGGUGCCGACCGCCGUCUUCUGGCCGUCCAGAGCGGAGCUCCGGAAAAACCUGCCCACUGCUUUGCGCGCAAGCCACCCGGACUGCGCCGUCAUCGUAGACUGCUUCACUGUACCCCUCGAGGAGCCGGCUUCCACGGUAACGGAGCAUGGACAACAAGAGACGACCCUUCCUCGCGCCGAAGGAAUGCCGCAUAGUCACGGCUCGUUGAAGUAUCUGAUCGGCGUGGCUCCGCAAGGCGUCGUGACUUUUGUGUCGCGGGGCGCGCCGGGAAGCGUCAGCGACAGGAGCCUGGCCGAGGGUUGCGGGUUUCUCUGCAAGCUCCUCCCAGGCGACGUCGUGCUGGCCUGCCGCGACCUGGACAUCGCGGACUCCGUGGCCGCCCGCGGAGCUUUGUUCAAAAUCGCCGGCAAAGGUGAAGCUCGUGCGAGAUCGGAGGGCUCGCCGGGGCCCGACGCCACGUCCGAGACGGCUGUCGUGCAGAGGCACGUGGAGCGGGUGAUCUCCAUGGUGAAGCAGAGGUACACCAUGCUCACAGGACCCAUCGAGAGCCCCUUCAGCACCGCCUGCGAGCGCACAUCCAACCUCUCAACCUUUGAUAAGAUUGUGCAAGUCGCUUGUGCCUUAAACAACCUGUGUAUCUCUGCUGUUCCGCUUGAGUGACUCGUACAGAAAGCAAUGCACCACUUAAUGCUGCUCUCCUAUCUUUUUACUGUUUCAGACUUCCUGUCACGUGUCUAGUAGGAAAAUUACAUUUAUUUUCACCGAAUCCCAAUUCAGUCACUCAUGAUUAUAAACACUACUCUUGAUCUUGGCACUAACAUUUGCUGACAUGUUAAGUCGAGGAAUGCAACCUUUAAUUUGGCGAGCAGAGGUGGUCCGCGUGGAUUUUGUUUUUCAAACGGUCCCACUUUCAUUCAUUUCAUACUGUUUAAAGUCCCUUUAAUAAAAUGCCACAGAAGACUCAGGAGUGGGCGGAGCCAGGAGGGAAGUCAUCCCUUCAUUCCCUGUUUUGGCACAACAUCACUAUUUGUUUUUGUUUACAAGACACACAGUUAGCUCCUAUGAAAGUUAUAUGAUGAAAACUAGAGAAAACCGUUAUUAAAGGAACACAAGUCAACUUUUUUUUGCGUAGCACACUUCAGCCACAAGGUGCUUUACAUGGUGAAAGUAUUAAGUUUUUCAAAUGUCAUCAUGAGAAAUCAUUGUCUUAAAAAUUCCUGUAAAGACUUCAGAUGAUCUAUGCUUUUUCAAUUAUUAUUAAUCAAGAUUUUCAUCAGAGUAGACUUAAACCAGAAGACUUGAAGGAUGGCACAACAACAGAUGUAUUUUGGUGCUAAUGCAUUGAAUGAUUCAUAACUAAUAACAGCAUCUUAAAGUCUAUUGUCUAAGCUACAGGGAGCCAGUGUAGGGACUUUAGAGCUGGGCUGACGGGUUUUAUGCAGACCUGUUAGGACACAUAGGCCUGUCACAACAACACAUUUUGCUGGACAAUAAACUGUCCCAGAAGUUAUUGCGAUAAACAAUAAUAAUGUGAGAUCAUUUUUGCGUAAUGUAAAAGUAAAGACAUAAUAACGCGAGCACACUUGUCGAAGAUGACAAGACUGUAAAUUCUAAUGAACGUUUUACACUGGAACUAUAAGACAUUUUAAAUGUCCAAAAUAAACAAACAGAACUGCAGAAACAACAAAUAAAAUGGAUUAUGAAGUAGAAAGAGACAUGAGAAAAACAAUCAUGCAAUUGCAAAUAAUUGAGCUUGAUUUAUUGCUUGUUGUGACGAGCCUAAAGACACGUUCACUCAUCAGUUCAACUAAAAAUAAACGUGGAUGAAUUUCUCUUGAUCAUUGGUCCUUUAAUCCAAGAAAGGUUCUUUGGGUGAUCGAAGACUGACUUUGUAACUGUCUUUAUGUGUCUCUGAAAGUUGGACCUGAUCACUAAUUUCUAGCUUUAUUAGCUGACUCCUGACUGGUCCAAAAACGUUAGUUGAAAGUAAAGUUGCUUCUAGCCCAGAGAAAUAUGAUAAAGUCCAGCUAUUUAGCCAGCUAAUAUUAGCUUCCAGUUUUACUCCGUGAGGAGCACAACUGCACUGAACAAUUAAUAUUCUGCAUUGCAAACACUUACUUUUUUUUUUUUACUAAAUACAGCGAGUCAUUACUCUAUAUUUUGCCUUUAGUCUUCCACUUCUUGUGUUCAUCUCGAGAUCAGUUUGUUAAAGCUGACACUGACACAUUUCACACGACUAUUUGUGAUGGAGGUAGCGUUUAAUUCCAGAUUUUUCUAAGUAGCUUUAACUGAAAAUGUAUUUUAUAACAAAUUGUCAUGAGUGUGAAACCAUUUACGCUCCUAACUAUAAAAGUAUCGAUGUCAUUUUUGUAUCUGUAACAAGCUGAAAUGCAACUGCUCCCUUUUUCUUUCUUUCUUUCUUUUUGUCCUGACAUCUUGCUUUAGAUGUUUUGUGUUCGUGCGGUGAAGCCGUGACAUCUUCCAUCAAGGUUUUCAUAGACGACUUAUCGUAGUCACUGGCUGCUGCAGAGAAUAACGUGCAUCGGUUAGACCACAUGGUUAUCGCCUUAUUAUCGUGUGCAACACUGGAAAAGAAAAGAGAACUCGGUGCAGAUUUACAACACACUUUAAUGUCCAGCAUGUGUGUGGUCCUUUGGAAAAGUGUAGCCUCAGCUGAUGUUGUUUCUGUGUCUAGAUGAGCUUAUCUCAGCAUUUUCACUGAUAAUGGCAGGUCAGUUUUGUAACUACGGAGAACUUCCCUCUAGGAAUGACGGGCACAAACUAAAUUCACCCUCUGGCCUACAGUGCCUUUCAAAAGUGUUCAUACUUUGUACCGUUACAUUUUACUUUAGAUUCCUUGUUGCUUCUUUCAAGCAGUGACUUCCUUCUCCCUACUGUUUUCACAGAGGGUGGGUUUGUGGAGUGGAACAGUUGUAGUUGUCCCAUCAACAGAUUCUCCUUCAAAAACGGAUUUAAUUACAAAUGCAGGUGUUGGUUGUUUUUUUUUGUUUUUUUUUUUGUUGUUGUUUGUUUGUCAUGGAAAAGUUGCAUUGAAUCUCCACAACAGAAUGACACUAAAAUUAUCUCUUUUUUUUUUUUUUUAUCUGUUAUUUUUUCUUGUCAUUAGGUUGGAAACUACUUUAAAGCUGCGGUAUGCAACUUUUAUUUGAAAGAAAAAAGUGUAUUUUAUUUUAAUUUCUGCUAAUUUUUAAAAAAACUCACAAUGUUGUGGUGUGAGACAUUCUGUGAAAAAAAUUCAGACUCCACCACCUCCUCCCUGAGGUGGUGGAGUCUAAUGUUAUCUAGAGUCUAGCCUAGUGUUAUUUUGACUGGAAAUAACACUAUUAUGGGGUCAAAAACAACCAAUCAGAGCCAGGGGGAGAGCGUGUUGGCGCUGUCAGUCAAGCUCGUGAACGCGCUGCUAAAUGUGCUAAAGCGGAGAAAGCACUCACAGUUCCAGAAAACUAUUUAUCCACCGUUUUCGGUGGCCAUGCUAACCAGCCUUAGCAUUCGUGACAAGCUCCACUGUUGGGAAGAUGCUGUAGCAUGACCGCACGUUCGCAGGCAUGAUUGACAGCGCUGAAAACUUCUUCAAGGCAACUUUUUUUUUUUUUGCUUCCUUUGACCAUUUUCAGUGCAACUCUGAAAGGACUUGUCUUUUUUUCUUUUUUUCCCCCUCCUUUGCAGAAGUUAAGCUGGACCAGAACAUAAGCUUUUGACGGUGAUACUAUUUUAAGGCUGUUGGUAAAGUUACAUAUUUGAGUCCUGCGACGGUAAUGAGAGACAUUUUUCAAUAUUUCUGAGUUGCUUUGGUUAUACACUGUAAUUAGGGAGCAGAACAAAGCACUCAGCUCUGAAACAUGUUGUCCAUACUGUAAUUCCUGCAGUCAGACUGCAUUAAACAAGUAAAUUAAAUGUUGUCCUUUCUUUUGUGUAAAUUGUCUCCCCAAAUAUCAAGAUGGCAAUUUUAUUGUCUUGUUUUAUUUAGCUGUAUGGUUUUUUUUAUGGUAUAAUUUGACAAAGGAUAUUUUGAUGAGGAUAAACUAUUGUUAUUGGGGGUUUUUUCUUCUUCUUCUGCCAAACAAAACACAUGAACUUCAGCAGGGAAUGCAUGUGAAAUGAGUUUUCAAAGGUUUUAGCCACAGCGUUGUCUAAUAAUUAGCUGUAACUAGCUGGUUCGGGCCACGCCCAUUAGUUACUGUUGAGUAGUUCAGUUGAGACAUGUGGUAUGAAGAACUGCUCUUCAUGGUACCUAUCAAUCAAUCAAAUUUUAUUUGUAUAGCACAUUUCAGCAGCAAGGCAUUUCAAAGUGCUUUACAUCAAAUCAAACACAAAAACACAAUUCAACAUAGAAUCAACAAUAAAAACAUGACAUUAUGUCAGGUUCCGUCAAAAAUUUUGUAAUUGAUUACGCUUCAAAUACAACUCUUAGAAAAAGCAACUUAAAUAAUAAUACAAAAUAAUAUUAAACAAAAUAAUAACUUUUGCAUUUCUUGUACCUUAGUUUGUGAAGACAUUCCACACUUUGGCAUCCAUUCUUAAACUGCAUCUCUUGUUGUCCACUAGCACAAUGUGUGCGUAAUCCACUUGGUUGACUGGACACAGAGUUUAUCUCUGGUAAUUCUUGUUGGAAAACGUCUAGAAAUCCAGGAUUAGAACAGGUUUCAAUCUUUUGUUCAGGCCUUAAAAUGAAUUUGGAAAUAUUUUUCACCCAAUGCUGGACCUCUCUGGCUAACUCUGUCCAGUUGCCGAGUUUCAGCAGGGGGUAGUUUGUAGGCAGAAGCAGUUUUGGGCUCAGAAUGUGCAGCGGCUCACAUCUGUGCCCCUCGAGUUGUCUGCUCAAGAGGGAGAUACUGGGGAACGUUUGUCAUAUACUUGUAAGACCAGUUUUCAUUCAGUUUCUGUAAAGGGGGGGUUAUGGUUCCUAGAAACAUCAUUAUUUCCUGAUGAGCUAGUUUCAAAAUAAAAGGAGCUUUUCCAAACGAAUUGAACAUGUUCAUGCUGUACCCUUUCUGUACUGACUCUAUGCGCUUCCUUGUUAAAGUUUAAAGUUUCACCCUGACUCCUCCGAUGUGGCCUCCGUGACUGAAAAUUAAAGUUUGGCACAAU